CCUUUCUUUUUCUUUAUUCUCUUUUUCCCUCUCCCAAACGAUUCUCUAUCUUCCUUUUCCUUCUUCACUAUUUUACUCUUCCAUUUUUUUCCACCGUUUUGCCUAACAACACAAACAUGACUUUCAAAAAACACAUUCACCAUUUCAAUGUUACCAAAGAACAAACUCUCAACCAACCGUAUCCCAAACUUGUCAGAAUAACUGUAACAGACGAAGAUGCUACAGAUUCAUCCAGCGACGAAGAAGAACCUUCAAACCGUAACAGAGGUAAAAAGAUUAUCAACGAGAUUGUUAUAGAGCCAUGCGUGAACGAGAAUAACGCCGCCUCCUCCGGCGUUGUUUCCAGGAAGAGAAACAGAGCCACCGGCCGCGGAAAAACAAGAGUUCCGGCGAGUCGGCUAGUUUCAUACUCCGGGAAGAAAUACCGGGGAGUUAGACAGAGGCCGUGGGGAAAAUGGGCGGCGGAGAUAAGAGACCCGGCGCGUGGCGUGCGAGUGUGGCUUGGUACGUUUGAAACUGCGGAGGAAGCCGCUAUGGUGUACGACAACGCGGCUAUUAAGAUGCGUGGACCAGACGCGCUAACUAAUUUUAUAACUCCACCUGCCACGUGUCAACUAUUAUCGUCUGAAAAUAAAAAUCAAAAGGCUCAUAAUCCACCGUUACCGGGAAAUAACGGUUACAAUUCCGGUGAAGAAUCACAAAACAAGAGUAGUAUAUUUUCUCCAAAUUCGGUUCUACAGUGUUGUUCAUCCUCCGAGGAAGUAGCUGAUUCUUCCGUUAUAACGAGUAAAGACGAUGAAUGUUCCUACGUGGCAAGUAAGGUUGAAUCUGAAUCACGGUUUUCGAUUCCGAGUGAUUUAAUGUUUGAUUUUCAAGUUUCUUCUUCACUAGCGAAUGAUGCGUUUGAAAACUUGAAUAGCAACAUUUUCUACGGUGACAUUGAUUGGAAUGGUUCCUCUGAGGUUUUCGAUUUCGGUUUAGAAAGUUUUAUUACACACAGGGAACGUGAUAUUUUUCAAGAUAUUGACGAUUUAUUCGCUUCUGAUCCUCUUCUUGCUCUUUAAUUUUAUUUUAUGAGUGGUUAAUUUAGUUAUUUAACUAUAAUUACUAGGAUUCUCGUUGUUGUGUUGCCUUUUUAAUCGGCAAAUUUUGUAUCGGCGAGACUUAACUACUGUAUUAAGUUAAGUAGUAUUCACUAAUCUUUAUUUUUGGUGUUCGUUAGUAUUACUAUUUGGUGUAACUUGUAGUAACGGUGAAGUAGUAGUACUAGUAAUGAUUGUUCUACUCUUGAAAGCAUGAACAAUUGUAACAGUUUUGUUUAAUUUGUUUCAUGUUUAAUUAUAAAUAUAUAAUAUCUGGUUUUUGUUAUGCUGA